AUGGAGCUACGAUUUCGACGAGCUCAGCAGAAGGAAGAUGAGUUUGCUUCAGUGAUGCUAAAUGCAGGUGAUACAAUUGAUGACUCCAUGGCCAUGUUUGAUGCUCUAAAUCUUUCUGGUGGAAGAAAGAAGGCACUGAUGUCUUUAGGUCUUGGUAACUUCUUGUUGUCUUUUAGACCUGAAAUUCCAGAUGGCUUAAUGACUUCCAAGAAUUCACUUUCAGUGGAAUGGUCAGAUGAUCUUAAAGGUGGAAAGGCAGUUCGUCUCUCUGGAAUUUUUGAUAGAUUAAGCUACAGAGUGCGGAAUGCUUUGUUUACAGAGUCGGUGAAAUGUUCCUUCAGCACUGCACAGUGUACCCUUAAAUCUGAAGGAGCCAGAAUUUCUGACAUGCAUUUUCUGGUUCAAAGUAUUGGGAGAAAUGUUCCUGUUGUACAACCUAAUCGGUCUACAGAUGUCCUCGAAAAUAACAAAUCACCAGUUGCAUUUCAAGAGCAAAAGGAUAUUUAUCUUCUUCCUACAGUACGCGUAUCCAAUUUGUUGCACACGGAGGUACAUGUAUUUUUAAGUGAAUCAGAUCGAUGUUACACUGUUGGGUCUGACAACGACAGGAAUCAAUCAACCAUAUCAUGUGGUUCAAUGGUCGAAUUUUAUGCCAAUCCUUCCAUAAUUUACUUUACUGUUACUUUGACUGCUUAUAAUUCAAGCUGCAGACCAGUGAACAGCAGUGACUGGAUCAAGAAGUUACAGAAGCAGAAAAGUGAUGUCCCUUGUUUGGACAUUGAUCUGGAUUUUGGUGGGGGAAAGUAUUUUGCUUCCUUAAGAUUGUCUCGAGGGAACAGGGGAACAUUAGAGGUUGUUAUGCAAUGGCUGUCAGUUUCUACUAUAUUCGUGAUGUACAUCUAG